AUGUCAAGGACGUAUGGCCAUUAUUUAACGACUCAAGCGCAUAACCUCAUUAUUCUUCAGAUCAAGCUGGAAAUUCAGGAUGUCAAGGACAAUAUUGAUUUUCACUUUUCCCAUUUUGAGGAGGCUCUAAAGAACAACUUUUCCGCCAUCAAGGAGGGAAUUGAUGAGAGCUACUCUGUCAAGUAUGUUUCUGCUGAUUCACUGUUUUCUAGGUUCCAAAAGGCUUCUGACUCCGUUAUUGAGAAGCUUGAGAACAUCAAGGCUACAAUAAGCAUAAAUUACAAAGAACUUUCGGAAUCUCUUGUGAGUAAUGACAAAGUUGCUGAGAUAAACUCUAGAUUAAAGCUUGCUAAGGAGGAGGUCCCCAAGUUUGUUUCUAGUGGAAUGGAGUCUUUCGUUGACGUUUUUAAAAGGCUCAAGAGUGAAUUCACUAUAAAUUUUAAUGUCAAAGCCAAUGAACAGCCUGCUUCCACUGCACAGCCUGGCGAUGUGAAAGAACAAAAUACCACUGCUAAAAGCACAAGUGAAACUGCUACGGCUGAAAACAAGACUGCUGAUGCCAGUACUAGUGAUCAGCCGAAACAGGAUGCCAGCAAAGAUGGUGUGAAAACUGAAAAUGACAAUAAAGAAGCUGCUUCUAAUACCGGCACUCCUGCUGUUUCCACUGAAAACAAGGAAUCUAAGUCAGCGGAUGAAACCAAGCCAGCAGAAACAAAGAAAGUUGAAGAAUCUAAACCUGCAGAGGAAUCUAAACCUUCCAAAGAAUCUAAACCUAGUGAAGAAUCUAAACCAGCAGAAGAAACAAAGAAAGUUGAAGAAUCUAAACCAGCAGAAGAAACGAAAAAAGUUGAAGAAUCAAAGCCUGUAGAGGAAACCAAACCUGGUAAUGAAUCUAAACCUGGGAGCGGUUCCGACAAGAUAGACUUGGAGUCAAUUCCCGCCGACGCCAUUAUUAGGACUAUAAACAGCUACUUUGAGGAUGUAGAUAUAGAAGGUAAAAAAUUACUAAGUUCGAUACUCUUUAAUUUAAAAUGA